UUACUCUACUUGGCAUCCUGCAUAUGCCAUGGCAACUGCUUGAGAGCUUUCACCUGUUCACUGUUCUGACCCUGUGCUGCCUGUUGGGCUAUUGGUUGCUCUUAAGAAGCGCCCCAGGUGAGACCCAGGCGCGUGCCAUGGCGCUGCCAGCGGGGAAGGUUCACUUCAAGGCGUCUGAGGAGUGGCGCGAGGUCCUGCCACACCACGUGCUGCCCAACGGCCUGGAGAUCCGCUUCGACCUGGCCUCGGGACGGAACUUCGCUCGGCUGGGUGGAUCCCAAUCCACGGGAUCUCGCUCGGAUGGCUCGGAUGAGGCGAGCGUUGUGAAGCUCCUGUGUGAUGCGGCCACAUGGGGAAAACAGGAGCGAGUGGAGCAGGCCCUGCAGAGCUGUCACUUCCGGCCCGAGCUGCUCUCGGCGCCCCUGGCCGAAGCUGCAGGACGCGGACACCUGGAGGUGUCGCAGGCCCUGGUGACGGCGCGCGCGGAUCCCCUGGGCAAAGGCCCCAAGGGCGUCACGGCCUUACACCGCGCCGUCAUGGAAGGACACGAGGAGGUGGCCCAGGUUCUGCUGCGGCAGUGCCACGCACUGGGCGUGGAGAACCCCCUGGCCGUGGAGGAUGACCUCGGGCGGACCUGCUUGGAUUGCGCCAUCGAACAGGACCUCCAUGGCGUGGCACGGCGUUUGAAGGCGCUCGAAGCAGCGACAGAGGUCGAGUCAGAGGUGCCACCGACUCAGCUGCGGAGUAUCAGCGUGGACUGAGAUGCACGCAAUGUGGGGGCCCCCACAGUUGUGUUUGUUGGUUUAUAA